UUCCGCUUCUGCGGGGGCACCUUCCCCGGCAAGACCGAGGCCACCAUCGGCGUGGACUUCCGCGAGAAGACGGUGGAGAUCGAGGGGGAGCGCAUCAAGGUGCAGGUGUGGGACACGGCUGGCCAGGAGAGGUUUCGGAAGAGCAUGGUGGAGCACUACUACCGCAACGUGCACGCCGUGGUCUUCGUGUACGACGUGACCAAGAUGAGCUCCUUCAGCAACCUCAAGACGUGGAUCGAGGAGUGCAACGGGCACGCCGUGCCCCCGCUCGUCCCCAGGGUGCUCGUGGGGAACAAGUGUGACUUGAAAGACCUGAUCCAGGUGCCAUCCAGCCUGGCCCUCAAGUUCGCCGACGCUCACAACAUGCUUUUGUUUGAGACCUCGGCCAAGGACCCACAGGAGAGCCAGAACGUGGACGCGAUUUUCAUGUGCCUGGUGUGCCGGCUGAAGGCGCAGCGCUCGCUGCCCUGCCGGGACACGGAGGGC